AUGAACUCAAAUCCUAUAAAAAUCCAAGAUCCUUCGAAAUUAAUAAAAGAAGCAAAAGAUAUCAUAUCCAAAGUUUCUACAUGGAAUAAAAGUAAAACGUACAAACAUGCUUUCAAAGAUCAAUUGAUCGAUGUAAACACUUACACGGAAGAUUUCAAUAAUGAUAUUUGGUUUGCUCGUUCAUCUAUUUUAGAUAAGCAACUCACAGCUAAGUAUAAGGAUAAGUUCUUCAAGUACUUAAUUGGUGAUCUUGACAUCAAAGAAAAUCAUUCUACUCAUGAAAAGGAAUAUAUUCAUGAAUUUUUCGAUUAUGAAUUGAAAGAGUCUGACAAUUCUUAUAUUAUGAAAGCUUACUAUCAAUUACCAUUUCCUAUGAAGAGAAGAUUAUUCUAUGAAUGGAUUCAUAUUGAAAGACAUGAAGACGAAGCUUACUUAUUUAGUUUUUCAUUGGAUCCAGAAGUGUUUGAAGAGGGUAAAGAAAUCGAAGAUGGUUACGUUAUUGGGAAAUAUACUUCUAUUGAACAUAUUAAGAUAAUGGAUGGUGAAUUGAAUUGGGUGAUGUGCACUGCCUCCACUCCUGGUGGAUUGAUUCCCAAUUGGGUCAGUAGAAUGAGUAUACCAGGGGCCAUUUCGAAAGAUGUUCCUAGUUUCUUGAAUUAUAUUGAUAAAUUUUAG